AUGAAGUCCUUCGCAACCUUUGGCCUCCUUGCCCUCGCGCACUUGGCACUCGGCGCGCCCGUCGGGAUGGACGGCAGCAACGCCGCGGGCACGCAGGCGCUGGACCGGCGCGCGGUGGUGGACCACGACAGCCUGUCCCCGCUGGCGCAGACGGUGCAGGCAGGGGCGGUCGGGGAGGCCAUCGCGCGCUUCAGCCCCAAGCUCCGCAUCGCGAGCGGCUGCGAGCCGUACACGGCGGUGGACGCCAACGGCAACGUCAGCGGGGGCGUCAAGCCCGGCGGGCGCGACCGGACCAACUGCGGCGACCCGUACCGCGGGCAGACGUACGCGCGCGCGGGCACGGUGCAGGGCAAGUUCUGUAUCAUGUACUCGUGGUACAUGCCCAAGGACCAGCCGCGGUCCGACACCAUCGGCGCGCACAGGCACGACUGGGAGAACGUCGUCGUCUGCACCGACGCCGCCAUGCAGACCGUCACCAACGGCGCCGCCUCGGGCCACGGCAAGUACAAAAAGACCACCAGCGUGCCCCUCGACGGCACAAACGUCAAGGUCGAGUACUUUACAAACUUCCCCACCAACCACGAGCUCCAGUUCACCGACGACACCAGGGGCUUCACCAAGCCCAUCAUGGACUGGGAUGCCAUGCCCCAGGCCAUGAGGGACGCCCUCAACACCGCCGACUUUGGCGCCGCCAGCGUGCCCUUUAAGGACUCGUCCUUUAUGAGCAAUCUCAACAAUGCCCAGUAG